CACAGUUGAUGCCUUUAAGUCGCUCUGAGAAGACUCUGCGAGGGGAACAAGAUGGCAUCCCGGCAGCUCUGCUCGAGGUUAAUGGGGUUGGCUGUGUUAUUGACUCUGCUGGCUCUUAAAGAUGUAUCCAGCGGCAGCAGCUUGAACAAGAUCUUAGGGAAGAGAGACGUGGCAGGUGUUGGUACCGCCCCCUCAAAGUCAUCCAUCGCCGUCCCCUCCUCCAAGGCUCAAGAGUUUCUGGCCAAAUUGAGCAGAACCAAGAGGAACAUUUGGGAUCGCAGCAGGCCAGACGUACAGCAGUGGAUUAUGCAGUUUAUGCACAUGGGGUACGACGAGCAGAGGCUGGAGGCCGACCUGUCAUACUGGAUGGACCAAGCUCGCUCCACUGACCAGGGGCGUCAGCAUCAGUAUGACGAAAACGCCCCCUUGGGCCCCCGAGACCACAGCUCUUACAGACAUGGAGCUAAUGUCAACUACGACUAUUAUUAACACCAGUCUGGUCCGGUCUGCUGGUUUGACACCUGCCGUGCAGCCGUCAUCAUCCGAGAGCUCCGACAGUAUAACCCCCGUCUCGAUGCUUUAUCUGGACCCUCACAUGUUAGGAAAUAAAAAUGGAAAUAACACACAGAG